AUGGCCAGUGCGGCUUUGAGAUCAGAGACGACGCGUCUGCCUACCUCUCUCGCAACCUCGUCAUGCGGAACAUUCACAUGGGGUUCCUCAUCUACAACGGACAAUGAGGUCGCCUGCAACGGCAUGAGCGGCAUUUGCGUCAUGCUCAAUUCCUCCCCCAACAUCUCUAGGAAUCUCAUCCGCGAUAAUUGCCAGCAUGGCAUUUUCUUCACGCAAGGAGGGAAAGGGAACGUCGAGUCGAACCAGAUUCACUCCAACAGGAAGCAAGGCGUUAGGAUCGAAGGGCCGUCGGACCCCAUCAUACAGCGCAACACAAUCUUCAACGGCCUCAAACAUGGCAUCCUCGUGUGCGACGGAGGCCGAGGAACCAUCCAGGGCAAUAGCGUGCUGCGCAACAAGGGCAGCGGCAUCAAGAUCAGGAGCGAGGGGAGCCCUGUGGUCGCGGCCAAUCGUUUCCAUCACGGGGAGGGGAGGGGGAUUCACGUCGCGUCUUCGGGCAUGGGAGAAGUCUGCUGCAACUCCAUUUACCAGAAUGCGAUGGAGGACGACGUCACCCUGAACGGGGAUGACCAGCUCCAGUUCGUCAAUUGCAGCCCCGACAGGACGGGCGUGUUCGGUGAAGAGAUCGCUCCAACCAUCUCCGUCUUCAAGCAAGAUGGCGCACUUCAUGGCAUGUACUCGACGAUCAAGGACGCCAUAGCGGCAUCCGAGGAGGGAUACACGGUCAUGCUGGCCACUGGUGUCUUCGAGGAGGAUUGCGUCAUUGACAAGCCUCUGAAGAUGGUUUCAAGGGACCAUAACCUUCCCUUCGUCCACAAGGACCCGCUGGUAUCGUCCGGGCUCAUGUACGUGGGCUGCGGGAUCAUAUCGAGGAGGAGGAGGGAGCCUUGCUUGCUCGUCAGGUGCGCUGGGGUGCAUCUUAGCGGCAUUGCCAUCAGCCAGAUCGACAUACCCAUCGACCUGGACGGCGACAAGGAGGGGGGAGGCGAAGCGCAGAUGAAUGGAGAGGAAGCACACGGUACGAGCGCUGUGGUGGUGGUGGAGGAGGGGCAGCUGUCGAUGGAGAAUUGCUAUGUCUCUGCUGCCUUCGGGAGCUGCAUCUCCAUCAGGGGAGCGUCGUCCUCCAUCUCCAUGAAGAACUGCCGCAUCAUGGAAGGGUUUGGAGGGGGGAUGAGGCUCGAGGACGGGAGCCAUGGGCUGAUGAUCGAGUGCGACGUCGCAUCCAACAAGGGGACGGGGGUGGUGGUCAACAACAAGUCGCACCUGAUCAUAGAGCACAGCCAGGUGAGGGAUGGGUUGGAGGACGGAGUUGUGUUCGACUGCUCUUCCACCGGAUGCCUUGAUCGAUGUCAAGUGUUCAAGAACAGCGGGAGCGGAGUUGUCAUAUCGGGGGGCUCCGAGCCCGAUGUGCAGGAGUGCAGGAUAUUUCAGAACUACAGCUUCGGGGUCAUGGUCAGAGACGUGGGGAGGGGAGAAUCAUGUCCAACGACAUCUUCGAGAACGCCGGAGGAGAGGUGA